GGAGCUCAGCUGACGUAACCGCGUUACGUCAUCAGGAAGCACGAUGUAAACAGACGACCAGCUUCACUUCAAUAACCGUGUCAGCUGUUGUGUGUUUGCUUGUUGUUGACGCGGACUGACUCUAACUUUGUGUCUUCAACACUUCCUGUGUCUCAGUUUCACCUCGAGCUGUGAGCUGAGUGAAGCUAACCGGAGCUAGCUGCCUGCGCGGUAGCGUCACCAACAUGGAUGAUAACAAGAUGGUGGCUGGUAAAGUGAAGAAACCUGGCAAACGAGGACGCAAACCUGCAAAAAUCGACCUGAAGGCCAAACUGGAGCGAAGCCGUCAGAGCGCGAGGGAGUGCCGGGCGAGGAAGAAGCUGAGGUACCAGUACCUGGAGGAACUGGUGUCCAGUAAGGAGAGAGCCAUCUGUGCCCUGCGGGAGGAGCUGGAGAUGUACAAGCAGUGGUGUUCGGCCAUGGAUCAGGGGAAGAUCCCCUCUGAGAUUAAAGCUCUGCUCACCGGAGACGACCAGAAGCUGCCUCAAGGUGGCAGCAGCACCAAGACGUCCAAGAACAGCAAGAACAGCAUCAGCAGCAACGGUCAGGGCUGAAGAGACGGACUGAGAGCGCUCCUGUAUUUUUAUUUUACAUUUCAUACUCACUCUGGUGUUCUAAUCUUUGACAGUUUCACAGGAUCACGUGUAACCACUGGAGGUUUCUGAUCAGUUUGAGCUUCGACAUGAACUCUUGUUAAUUCUCGUUUCUUCUCUAACAAACAGUUUCAGCCAUCAGUCCUCCGUCAGGGCGUCUGAAGGCUCCUGGUGUCUUUAUAUGCAGUCAGUCAGUCACGACAAACACAACAUCAUCUGUGAGUUUCUACAAAUCCAAAACUCCUGUUGAGGAAUUCUGAAUCAGGCUUUCCAAUUCAUCACAUUAACAAACAACUACAAUUAUUUUUAUCAAUGUGAACUUUUGAGUUGAAAGAAAAGAUAUUUCAUGAUAAAUGUAAAACUGAAAAGAUGUCAGACAGCUCAACUGAGCUGCUUGUUGCUUUAAUUUGACGUCUUCACGUAAUGUCACGUCAGUUACUGUUGUGUUAAAGUCUAAAACUGACACAAAGUUCUGCUGCAGCUGUCACGUUUAAAGGCUGAAGUUGUGUUUUUCAUAAAGACGGAGUGGGGAGAACAAAGUUGUUGAUUUUAUUUGUUCAAUCUCUCACAAACUCUUUUGUUUCAGACUAAAAUUUAAAUAAUCACAUUGGACUAAAAUGUGGAUACAACACAGGGAGUUCUUCUCUCUAAGGUUAAUAGUUAAACUCUUGUGCUCACAGCAGCAACCGUCUUCUUUCUCUUUAUAAUGUUUUAAUAUAAGAAGUCAGAACUGCUGAACUGCUGUCAGACAUCUUCUAGUUCCUCACUUCACCUUCACCUGUUGUUCGGUCAGCAGGUGAGGAGGCUUCAGGAUCAUUAUUAUGAUUUAUUAGUCCCACGACUGAUUGACUGACUGUAUAUAAGAACAUAUAAUAACCUGGUUUGCUCUCUAAAAGACGUUUCUUCUUCAUGAUGUAUUUACACACUUCAGUGAACAGAAUAUUUUUACAUGUGACUGAUUGUGUCCAGAAUAAACGAAGGCCUUCCUGUUGUAGCAUUACACGUCAGCUGCGAGGACAAAGAGUCGUCGAGUCGGUGAUAUAUUUUUGUAUUUUCUAUCAGCUCAGAAGUCGUUGUUGUGUUUGUGAAUGUUGGACUUAUUUUUUAACGUCAGCUCUCUGAGAGUGAAACGAUUGUGGCCAUAAAUUAAACACAAAGCUUCUCUUCAGUUUGUUUCACUCUAAUUGUUCCCCUGAGUUUUAUUUUUUAUUUCUGGCCGAAACGUUUUAAGCUCUUUCUUUUGUCGGUGAGGUGAAGAACUCCUCGCUGAUCGUUGCACUUUGUUGAGUUUGGCUGAAGCACUUUGUUGGAUGAUUGUAGGUCGCAGCAACUUCUGUGUCUGAACUGUGUCUGUGUGAGAAUAAAAGUGUGUUUGACUCUGAA